GUGACGCUCUUCCACUGCGCAUGCGCAGAACUGACAGAGGCGCUAGGGAGCAGCUGCACCAUCUCGGGUUUCUCCAGAUUUGAUCUGUUAUAACAGUUCUGGCGUUCCUCGGAUUUGCAGCAAAGCAGGGGAGGUUUGCCAUGACGUCACGAACAGGUCCAAGAGCUGCAGGGACUGAUGGGAGUGACUUUAAGCACAGAGAGAAAGUGGCAUCUCACUACCAGAUGAGCGCUUCAUUAAAGUCAGAGAUUAAGAAGCUGACUGUUGUACAUCUUCUAAUAUGGGCAUUGGUAGCCGCCCAAGUGACAGUGGCCCACCUCAAGCUACUGUCCCAUGACAUGGUGGCCAUGCCAUACCAGUGGGAGUACCCAUAUCUGUUAAGUCUGCUACCCUCACUGCUAAACGCCAUGGCCAUGCCCAAAAACAACAUCAGCUACCUGGUGAUCUCUAUGAUUAGCGCAGGUCUGUUUUCUGUGGCUCCACUGAUCUUCGGCGCCAUGGAGAUGUUCCCGGUGGCCCAGCAGCUGUACCGGCAUGGCAAGGCAUACCGCUUCAUCUUUGGAUUUUCAGCUGUGUCAGUAAUGUAUCUGCUCAUGGUAAUUGCCAUCCAAGUACACGCGUGGCAGAUUUAUUACAGCAAGAAGCUACUAGACGCCUGGUUUAACUCCACACAGGAAAAGAAGAAGAAGUAAAAUGGCCAACAAUGGAGAACUGGGAGCAGGCCAUGUUAUUCUAUUUUGCUCUAUUUUGCUCACAAUUCUGACUUGCAUGGAAGUAUAAAAAAGUGAUAGAUGCACACAUAAGAUCAAACAGACCUGUAUACACUUAGGCUGUGUUUAUUUACAGUGCAUUGUUUCUGGUGUGUCCACCAGUGUACAAUAUAUUUGUAUAGAUUCUUUAUGUGUAUAAUCUGUCAGAGCAUCAUGAAUUAUGUUUCUACUGAAUGGAGUAGUGUUGAUAGACUACUGAGGCGUGUACUGUAAUACAUGUGCAUGUCUUUGAGGGAGAGUGUGUGUGUGCAUGUAAAAUUUCUGACUCUACAUGAUGUCACAUAAUACUGUACUAUUAUGUUAUGACCUUAUUAACCUCUGUUUUUUUCAAGGCUCUCAAAAUAAAAGAAGAUUGUUUAAAAGUAGUUUUAAAGAUUUUCAUACUGCUGAUAUGAUAAUAAUUGCGUAAUAUCUUUUUCUGAUUUAAUAAGAGUAGAAACAGCACUUAGUCCUUUCUGCUUGCGGUCAAGAGUCACUGUUUUUAAUGAUGCUGGUGGUGAAAUAUGCCUCUACACUACUUCUAUGACAAAUGCAUCUAGUGUCCACAAGAAAGUGCUUUCAAGACUUGAAUUGAAGACACUUUUGAGAAACAAUGUAAUAUAUAUAAUAGCAUCAGAAAAUCAGCUUUGUGUUUAUGUUUAAUCAUGCUGAUGAUAAUGUGAUGAUGCUCAGAUGUUGAAAAAGCAUUAUGGAAAUGGAUUCCCAACAGAGGGGAGGGACACAAGGAAUACAUCUGGUCUCUGGAUUUUGCAUCACAUAAACACAAAUAGGUCUAAACCCCAAAGCCUGAGUUUAAAAUGAUGCAAAAUGCUGUAAUAUUACAUUUUACAUUUACAUUCAGAUGUUAAAUAUUGUACAGGCUGGCUAUGAACUGUGUUUUGGAAAUAAAGUAAAAACUAAAUAAAGCAAUAA